UUGUUGGGGACUUCACUUAUCUGGAUGUCAAUUUUCGGCUGGUGUGGUGUGUGGUUUUCAAUUUCAAGCAAAAAGCAAAAAAUUAAUGGAAAGUUGUGAUAAACACUGUGAAGUGAUUGUUACGCUGUUCGCGACAGUUUGUUGGGGUGCAGUGCAAGUGAUAAGAGGGUAACAUUUGAAAGAAGUUUGCAAAACAAAUCGUUCGCUGAGGGCUUGUCGCGUAUUUCAUCUAAACCUGAACACUUGUCCACGUAGACGUUCUCGUGGAUUCUGCAUUUAAGAUUUGUGUCAAUUUAUUUUGCACUUUGGUGUGAAUUGAAAUAACUGCUGAAGAGUCGAUACCUUUACUGUGAUAUGUGCUACCAGGGUGAAUAGUGAGAAUUUUUCUUAAUGUUAAGUGUGUUGUAGCGAAUACUGUGUAAAUACACUGAUCAGAUAGUGGAGUCAAAAUAUUUGCUUCGACAGGUGCCUUAUUCCGUCCAACAAUGUUGCGAAGAAAGUAAUUACGUGAAAUUUGUGGCCUAAAUUUUAUUAUACGCUAAACGUGGACCAGUAUAUCAACCGUGACCGGGUGAAUUCGCCGAGAAAAAAAUGACUGAAAAAGUGGCCAAGCCCGUUGGGCUACAGCGUCGGCUGGGCCUUCUGGCCGCAGUUAACAUUAUUAUUGGUGUUAUGAUCGGAUCUGGAAUAUUCGUAUCACCAACAGCAGCCUUAAAAUACUCCGGAAGUGUCGGCCUUUGUUUGAUAGUGUGGGCAGCCUGCGGUAUUGUCUCACUGCUUGGAGCUCUCUGUUUUGCUGAACUGGGAACAGUAGUGCCAAGAUCUGGUGCUGAAUAUGCAUAUCUUCUGGAAACUUUUGGCAAACUACACAAAUUCUGGGGACCUUUACCAGCAUUCAUUUGUGCAUGGGUCUACGUUGUAGUGCUUCGACCUGCUGAAGUAGCCGUCAUCGUUCUAACGUUUGCCGAAUACUCAAUUCAACCACUGAGGCACAUAUUGAAAAUUGAUAACUUGCCAGAGGAUGAGCAGUUACGAGUCAUCAAAAUGAUAUCCAUACUUGGUUUGGGUAUAAUUACAUACGUAAAUUUAGUUAGCGUAAAACUCUACAUUCGUAUCAACAAUAUCUUCAGUUUCUGCAAAGUAUUCGCGUGUCUAGUUGUAAUUGGAGGUGGAAUUUACGAACUAGCUGUCGGUAAUACGGGUAACUUAAAAAAUGCAUUCCAUGGAACCACUAGCAGUGCAGGACAUAUAGCUUUGGCAUUUUACAAUGGACUCUGGGCAUAUGAUGGAUGGUCUAGUGUUACAACCGUAACUGAAGAGAUAAAAAGACCUGAAAAAAACAUCCCACGAUCCAUCAUCAUAGCUGUUCCAAUUAUAACUGCGCUCUAUGUCUUCAUGAAUCUCGCCUAUAUGACCGUCCUGACGCCAACUGAAAUGAUGAACGCCCCGGCAGUUGCAGUAGCAUUCGGAGAGCGCGUUCUUGGCCCGUUUGCAUUUAUUAUUCCUCUGGGAGUUGCACUUUCUACAUUCGGAUGUGCCAUGAGUAUUCAAUUUGGUGUUACUCGGCUAUGUUUCGUGGCAGGUCGUGAAGGACACUUUCUUGAAUCCAUGUCGUAUGUUAACAUGAGGCGAUCGACACCCUCACCAGCAGUAGCUCUGCAAGGAAUACUUACUUUAGCCUUCAUAUUGGCUGGGGAUAUUGAAACUCUUAUAGAGUUCGCGUCUUUCCUGAUUUGGUUCUUCUACGGAUCUGCCGUGGUUUGUUUGCUUGUGCUAAGGAGAACGCAGCCUGACACUCAUCGACCGUAUAAAGUGCCAUUGUUUGUCCCAAUUUUUACACUUGGUGUCGCGUUGUUCUUGUCGAUUACUCCAAUUAUUUCGGAACCGUCGUUGAAGUUUUUGAUUGCCAUUGGCUUCAUCGUGAGUGGGCUAAUGGUCUACAUACCGUUUAUAUAUUAUCGAAAAGAGCCAGUAUUUAUGGAUAAAUUUACGUAUCUUGUCCAAGUGCUUUUCGAAGCUGUGCCAACUGAUAUUAGUAAGGAGCUUUAACAUUAAAAUAUUUUAGGAUACCUAGAUUAGUGGAUAACAUUUGUCCAGUUCCAUUUUUUAUGACAUAAGAACAUGUACAAUUGAUAUUUAAUGAUAUAUUUUUUGAUUUUUCUAA